UUUCUUCCUUUGCCUGCUUUUAUGGAGACGUGUUGGGUGUGGUAGCACUGCUAAUGAGCUCUCCAGUUGAACUGCAGAUGAUUUUGUAGCAAUGUUUAAGAGUAGAACUGGCUAUCAAAUAGUGGAGCCUGCACAUAUGGAGUUGGCAGAGCCAGCGAUUAAAGAUGCAUUCAGACGAUGCGUGCAGCAAGGAGCAAACCAUAUUAUUGUCAGCCCAUUUUUUCUUUUGCCAGGGAGACAUUGGCAUAAGGACAUCCCUGCAUUAGUAGCCGAGGCAGCUGGAGAGCACUCUGGCAUAUCCUAUAUCAUAACUGCACCGCUUGGCUUGCAUGAACUCAUGGUGGAUGUGAUGAAUGAUCGGAUUAAGCAUUGCCUCAGCCAUGUUGCUGGUAAAGCUGAUGAAUGUUCAAUGUGUGCUGGUACAGGAAGAUGCCAUUUAUAUUGAUUGUAUUGAAAUGGUAUUUUAUGAUCAGAAACUGCUGCAUAUAUCACAGCUGUUGAUGAACCAUCAUAUUUUAUGAUGUUUUGGAUCGUUUUUCUGCUCUAUAUCUUCUUACCUUGCAUUUGCUGUAUUAGUUUUUUUUUUUUUUUUGGUUCAUAGAACAGAUUUCCCAUCGUAUUUUACCACUGCUAUAUUAUUCAUUUAUAGCUGACACGAUGAAAACAAAAAUCGGCAGA